AUGGCAGUUGACCGCGCCGACAAGGAGAAUCUGCCGCCGGCGGCCGCCGUUGCCCGUCCUCAUGGCGUAGCUGUCAGGAGCUGCAAGCUGAAGCGGCUCGGGAGGGCGCGGAGGCGGGUGCCGCUCAGGGACAUCACCAACCUCUUCGUCGUGGAGUCCGCGGUUGCCCAGUGGCAGCAGGCCCUGAUCCAGCAGCCGCACGAGGGGUUGGCGACGACGGAGCUGGGCAAGGCAGAGCCGGCCGUGAAGAACGGGCUGGCCGGAGGUGCUGUACUGAAGGCCGGCAGAUACUCCCUCCGGAAGGAUUUUAGAUAG